GUUGCAAUACAUAAACAAAAGAGGUCUAUUUUGCAAAUAACAAUAAGGAGGAGUGACUGAACUGAAUAACAAUAAACACAGACAGACAACACAAUUUCAUACCCAGCUCUCUCUUCGAAAGCAAAAAAAGUUAAAAAUGUUGCUCAAAAUACUGCUACCGUUAAUGACGGCAACGGUGUUGAUCACCGCCGAUUACGUCCGGCCACCACCACGGAAGACCUUACACUUCCCUUUGGAUCACAAGUCUUCAUCUCAUCCUCAGCAGGUGCAUAUUUCAUUGGCUGGGAAUAAACACAUUCGUGUUUCGUGGAUUACUAGUGACUCGUCAUCUCCUUCGCUUGUUGAAUAUGGAACAUCACCAGGAAAAUACAAUUUCAAGGGUCAUGGAGAUGCAACCUCUUACAGCUACUUAUUAUACAGUUCAGGGAGCAUACACCAUACGGUAAUCGGGCCACUAGAACAUAACACGGUUUACUACUAUAGAUGUGGAGGACAAGGGCCAGAGCAAAGUUUCAAAACCCCACCAACAGAGUUUCCGAUUACAUUCGCUGUGGCUGGUGAUUUGGGUCAAACGGGCUGGACAAAGUCAACUUUGGACCACAUCAAGUUAUGUGAAUAUGAUGUGCACCUGCUCCCUGGUGAUCUGUCUUAUGCAGAUUACAUACAGAGCGGGUGGGACACGUUUGGGGAACUGGUGCAGCCACUCGCAAGUGCGAGACCAUGGAUGGUGACACAAGGGAAUCAUGAAAAGGAAAACAUACCGUUUUUUAAAGACGGGUUUGAAUCGUAUAAUGCCAGGUGGAAAAUGCCUUAUGAAGAAAGUGGAUCGACUUCAAAUCUUUAUUAUUCGUUUGAAGUUGCGGGGGCUCAUGUUGUCAUGCUUGGUUCCUAUACAGAUUAUGAUGAGAACUCGGAUCAAUAUAACUGGUUGAAGGCGGAUCUUUCAACAUUAGAUCGUAAGAAAACACCAUGGUUACUUGCAUUAUUUCAUGUGCCAUGGUAUAACAGUAAUACUGCCCAUCAAGGGGAAGGGGAUAAGAUGAUGGAAGCAAUGGAACCAUUACUUCAUGCUGCUGGUGUUGAUAUUAUUUUUGCUGGUCAUGUGCAUGCUUAUGAACGCACGAAACGCGUGUACAAUGGCAAAUCCGACCCCUGUGGUGUUGUCCAUGUUACCAUUGGUGAUGGAGGUAACAAAGAAGGUUUAGCACACAAGUACAAGGACCCGUCACCAGAGUGGUCUGUGUUUCGUGAAGCUAGUUUUGGUCACGGUGAGCUCAAGAUAGUGAACUCGACACAUGCGUUUUGGAGCUGGCACAGGAACGAUGAUGAUGAACCCGUACGGUCUGAUGAGGUAUGGAUAACCUCGUUAAUAAGUUCGGGUUGUGAUCCUAAGGAUAACAAAGAAGCUAGAGAAGUACUUUGGUCCCCUUAAAAGGCCACCGCUGGUAGUUGAAAUCGACUUGUUUGGUAUUACUAAUUACUUAUUAGUUUUGAGUAUACACACAACAAUUUGUUUUCUUUAUAUAUUGUUGCUUGUGUUGCAUCCGCUAUAACUCAGCUUUUUAUUCAUAAUUUAACAUGUGUUAAUCUAGCGGUUAUAUGCAGAACCAGAGGGGGUUUGUUGACUCCCCGGUGGUCAUUGAUUUAUUGUAUUCUACGGUUGUUGAGACGAAAGUCAAAAACUUAUUGUUAUCUUCUAGCUCUAGCUAAAAAGUUAUGAUGGUUUAUUUA